CGCAUCCGCAACGCAAUGAAUAUAAGUGUCGUGCUGGUCGUGGCGUAAGUGUGUCUUUAUUAGGGCAGCAAGCCGCCCGAAGAUAUUCUAUCGUCCGCUGCUUCAACAAGCUGCAGCUAUUUAUUCGUGUCAUCAGAAUCCUAGAUGUUGAUGCGUUAAUGGCGUUCAGUGCUUGUGUGGUUGUAGAAACUGUUUCAGAGGAAUUAUUGGUCGCUCUCCAUCUCAUGUGACAGCACACCUUGAUUAUUUCGCGCAUGGGUAUUCGGGACGAGCACGCGCAACACGCCAGCGUUGCCACAACGGCACAAGCGAGCCGCACAACCAGUGUAAUUCGAGGCAUACAGGAUCUUCCGCACGAGGUCGUUUUCGUGAUAUUGGUCUUCCUUGAUGUCCCCAGCCUGUGCCAAUUUGAGCGAAGCUCGAAAAAUUUUGGUGAGGCUACCGUCAGGGACUACCUUCGUGUAUGGCUGAACGCGGAUGUUGCCGCCAUCUUGCGACGCUCGCCCUCCGGUCCCAAGGGAGGUCGUGGGGGGAGGAGGUCCAACAAGAACAACAUCAGCACGGCCGCCUUUUUUGCUUUUCCACCACCACAACAGCUGUGUUACUCCUCCGCGCAAAGCACCAUGGUGGCUACAUCGGCAUCAAACGUCGCAGGUAGUAGACCGAAGGAGUGUGCGAUAAACACGCCUGGUGGAGCUGCGCCAGUUACGCGUCGACCUCGAUCCUGGCGGCAAAUAAAGGCGUGGUUAUGUUUCUGGCAUGAGGUGGUCGUUACCGACCGCGAUUCUACUACUAUGGAUUGCAAAAAUGUCUGGGUCUGGAUCUGGAAGAAUGCGCGAUUUGUCAUGCAGCUUUUUCAUGACCCAUGAGGUCUGGAAUGCAGGACCUAGCAUGACAGAUUCUGUGCGAUCUCUCUCAUGCCUAUCCUGCAUGAGAAACUCCCUCCCGACUUGGUCAAACCUGAGCGACUUUUGGUGAUCAUGCAACACAGAUUUUUGCAUGCUUCAGAUUUAGCAUGACAAGUGGCAUUCUUCCAGACCCAGACAUUUUUACAUUUGAUAACUACUACCCUAUACCAAAAUGGCGCACGAGCUGGACAAAACACAUCCUCUGUGGCGGAUGACGAACACGAGGUCGACUCUUCUGGUGAAGAAAGCACCGGAUUAGAGUCGCCGCAUGCAGCACUUCCCAUGGAAGAAGACCGUGAAGGCCACGGACCGCUGGAGAUGAAUUUCAGGAAUCGCCAGACCGGUACUUCUACCGGUGCUGUUUUCUUUCAACCUCCAUCGGCGCGGCCGUACGUGUCCUUCCUUGACGAAGUGGAGCAGUGGCUGCGUGCCCCCUCGACGCUUUUCGAAAUGCUACGCGAAAUCCAGUGUGAAGGAAAUGCUGCUGCCACAACUGGAAAAGAAACUACGUCGUCGCCAAGAACAAACGUAGCACUAGCAGAAGACAACCGGAAGCGAGGGACGUCGCUUUCCUUUCCGAUAUUAUGUGAUGCCAUUCGAUGGUGCGAGUUCGUACGCGGGCACUAUGGAAGUCGAGCUCAGCAUGCAAGUCUGUUGGCGCGAGAGGAGGACAGACAGCACGUCAAAAGGAAAGCGGAACUCUUUAAUCGUAUCGCAAGCCUUUUGGAAAAAUUACGAUCGGAGGAAUUGGAGGGAACUUGAACAUAUGAGAUGCAAAGUAAGGAGUUCAUCUCCGUUUCAAAUCCAAAUCGCUCUAGUAUGCAAUAAGAUUGACUGCACUUAUUUGAUUUUUUGACAGCCGUAGUCAGCAGCAAAUCCAAGUCGAGGCAGCUCGUCAAGCGCGCCAUCCAGUAGACGAUCGUUACAGAUUUGCGCCUUGAACUGAGGGCAUACAAAAAUUUGUAGUCGCUGAGUAGACUUGUGUAGGAUGUGGCUGUGGCAAUGCCCUCCAUGAAAUUAUUUGGUUUCAGAGUUAUUUUCAUAGUUUCUGGCAGAUGAGAACGCACGGAGAAGACGAAGAAAGGAAAAAACUAAAAUGGCUGUGAUUGCAUUCUACGAAAACCACAGUUCGGAGAAUCAAUAUGAAUAUGUUUUGUUUCAUUUCUAAGCAACGUGGAAAGAGACAAAGGUUCGUGA